AAUGACAGCUUUGACAUUCCUUUUGAUUGGUCCACAAUUUUUAUAUCGCAGUCUCGCGGAUAAAAAUGGCCGUAGUGUUGACUUCUUGUCGUGGUUAGUUGGUGAUACUUUUUUCGUAAAUCUUUACUAGAUUUUUUAUCAAAGAACAUAAGAGACUUUUUUCGCAAUAGUGUUGAGUAACUGUUCGAUUGAGUGUGACAAUGUCUAAUGGUACAAGUCCGAGUGUGUUGAGUUUCUUGAGACAGUACAGGUUCCAGAGGAAACCGAAUGGUCCUGGGGCUAGUUCUAGCAGUCCGGUGACAGUUACCUCGGCGCCUUCCAGUUCCCAAAUGAAUAACCAAAACAGAAUAAGGAUGGCAGCGCCAAACACAGUGGUGGUUAGAAACGGGCCGGUGGUAUACAAACGGAUAAGACUGCCAGACUCGGAUUCUGAUGAUGCAGCAUCUCCAGCCAAGAAGCCGGCUCAUGUUGAACUCACAACUGCUGUCAAAGAGAGAAGAUUUACUAAUAUGCUACAAAUGUUUCCUGAUAUAUCUCCCUAUUUCGUAAAAACAACCUUAGCAAAACACGGAUGGAAUGAAGAGCGUUCUAGAGACGAGCUAUUAAAACAUGACCCUGAGAGCAACGACAAGGGUUCCACAUCUACUUUCUUUGGGUCCAACCCCAGUGUGUCUGGGACUGCCCAGAGACCUUACACUAAUAUGGGCAUAGUUAGGGUCACCAGUGGGCCUAAGACCACUGUUGUGGUGAGGAAAGCCUUAGAGGGUAAAGGCGGGAGGGUCAGAAGGGGUAGCAGCGGCAGUGAGGAUGAUGACUACGGAGUUAAGAAAGGAAAAGAUGAUAGGGUUUAUGACAGUGAGGAUUCAGACAAUGAGAUAACGGAUGACCUGAUAGGUGACAAAAAGAAGGUGUUUGAGUUCUUAAACAACAGCAAUAUGAAUGAGCUGUCGUUACUCAGCGGAUGUUCCCAGAAGAAGGCUGAGGCUAUCAUGUCUUUGAGGCCUUUUAAAGGCUGGCUAGAUAUGGUAGAAAAAUUCAACAGCAACAAAUCUCUAAGUACGGAACUGUUGAAUUCUACACAAGAGCUACUGACCACCAGGAACAACAUACAGCGGCUGAUGAAGAAGUGCGUAGGGUUAGCGCAGCAGCUGGAGUCGGCCGUAGACGCCGGAGCCGGGCGGCUGAAGCAGCCAGCUAUACUGGACGAUAGCCUAACCCUAGCCCCUUACCAGCUAGUAGGCCUCAACUGGCUAGCAGUUCUCCACAAGCAAGGCGUCUCCGGUAUAUUAGCUGAUGAGAUGGGGCUCGGCAAGACGGUGCAGGUCAUCGCCUUCCUGGCACAUCUGAAGGAGACCGGACAGGCUAGGGGAACUCAUCUCAUUGUGGUGCCUGCUUCUACUCUUGACAACUGGAGCAGCGAGCUAGCCCGCUGGUGUCCCGCCCUCCGAGUCAGCAAGUACUACGGACACCCUGAGGAGCGGCGCCAGCUGCGCAUACACUACUCGCGCGGACUCGACGACAUCGACGUCGUGCUCACCACCUACACAAUGGUGAACAGUUGUCCGGAAGAGCGCAAGAUGUUCCGCGUGACGCCGAUGCACUACGUCAUAUACGACGAGGCGCAUAUGCUCAAGAACAUGUCCACGCAGCGGUAUGAUAACCUGCUUAAAAUUAAGUCUAAACACCGUCUCCUGCUAACGGGAACGCCGCUACAGAACAACCUGCUGGAACUGAUGUCGCUGCUGUGCUUCGUCAUGCCACACAUGUUCUCCGGCAAGACGGACGACCUCAAGAGUUUGUUCCAGAAGAAUUCUAAAUCAAAAACAACAAAGAAGGCAGAAGGAAAAGAAGACGACGAGCUGCCCUUCGAACAGAGUCAGAUAACCCAAGCUAAACGCAUCAUGAAACCGUUUGUGUUGCGUCGGUUAAAACGAGACGUGUUACAAGACUUGCCUAAGAAGACUAACCAUAGGGAACUCUGUGCUAUGUCCGAGAGACAGGGCAUGUUGUAUAAGGAUCUCAUUGCUGGGUUUGCGGCUAAGGAUGGAACGAUCCGUGCAACUACAGAACAGUCUGGCAUGGCUAUGAUGAUGGACAUGCGGAAGUUGGCCAACCAUCCUCUACUCCUCCGCUACCACUACAUAGACACCACUGUCCGGCAGAUAGCAUCCCGUCUGGCUAAAGACUCUAAAUACAAGGAGAACAACGAACAGUAUGCCUGGGAGGACCUCAUGUGUCUGUCUGACUUCCAGAUACAUCAGCUUACCUUGCAGCACGAUUGUAUCCGCUCCUUCGGUCUGCCGGACCACCUCAUCCUGGACUCAGGCAAGUUCCAGAAGUUGGACGAGAUGCUUCCUCGGCUGAAGGCUGGUGGCCACCGGGUGCUGAUCUUCAGCCAGUUCACCAUGAUGCUGGACAUCUUGGAGCCCUACCUCACUAUCAGACGUCACCGGUACCUGAGGCUGGACGGCAGUACGGCUGUUACUGAUAGACAAGAGCUAAUAGACCAGUACAACAACGAGGAUAUCUUCGUGUUCCUGCUGUCUACGAAGGCAGGCGGGCUGGGCAUCAACCUGACUGCGGCCGACACCGUCAUCAUACACGAUAUCGACUUCAACCCUUAUAAUGAUAAACAGGCCGAGGAUAGAUGUCACAGAAUGGGCCAAACUCGUCCCGUAACGAUCUACCGUCUGCUGAGCUGCGGUACCAUCGAGGAGGGAAUAUAUCAGGUGGCGCAGGAGAAACUCACGCUAGAGAAACAUGUCACUGGUGUUGAUGAAAACGACAAAGCGGAACAGAAGAACGUCGUCCGGUUAUUAUCAGCUGCUCUCGGCCUCACUUCACCAAGCAAAUGAUUACCGACCAACCCGUAAUCGCCCAGGACUAAACUAUGACCAAUAGCCAAGUGACAACAUUUGUGCAAACAUUGGCCAAUGUUCCCGGUUAUGUGAAGUGCGCUGUGAAUUGUUAAUCAAAAACGAGUGAUACAAUUAAUACAAGCUUACAUAGAUUAAAAAAUAUUUUCGAUACACAAAAUCAGUUUCUUGUUCAUUAAAAUGUAAAGAACCGGUGAGAUUUCGUCAUUAUUAUAUUGCCACCCACUGCCUUAUAAAUAUGUCAAUAAACAACAUAAAUAUAAUAUUAUAUUAAGGGCCGAUUUUUCAAUCAUUAGUUGACUUCUAUCUGUGGAAUAAGUAUGGCGGUAUGACAUAUUUUUAUACAAAAGUUGAUAAAACGUCAAAACAUUCUUCAGAGAAAAGUUAUCUGGUGAUUGAAAAAUCGGUACUAAAACCAAUGUAUUAUAUAGAAGCUAGCUGUAGACUCAGAAUUGCAAUAUAUAACUUAUCAACAAAAUAUGUACUGGUAUUUAGAAUUUGUAACCUUGGCCCAUAAUGAGAUUUUUAUAACAUACCCAGAUAGCAUUUAGAGAUUAGUGGAAAGCAGGAAAGUAUAUCCAAAUUAAAAGUAUUGAAUUUGAAUCCAUGACUGCUGAUUAAAAAUUAUACAGUGUCUGAUUCCAUAGCUGAGUUUGGCUGAUCAUAAUUUGGGUUAACUUCAGCUUUGAUGAAAUAAAUUAAUUUAUAAUGAUUUUCUUCUUUGAAUAAUUGAAUUAUGAAAUCCGAGGAUCGGUUACGAUGUCUGCACUUGUAGUAAAUAAAUUAAUUUAAGUAGGAUUGCAAUGUAUAGGGUGGUUGGUAAUUAGUGACUCAUACUUGAAUACGCGAUUCUCCUUUAAAUAGCUUUGAACUUGGCCCGAAUUUUCAGAUAGCUGUUUUGCUAUUGUGAUUAAACUAAUGAUUUAUUAAUAAAGUCUAUAAGGAAAGUUAUUUGUAAUCAAGAGUAGAAUCAAUUACCAGCCAUUCUACAUAUUUACUUUUUUAAUUUAGUUAAAAUAAAACACAUGAAACUCUUAGAUUGCUUUGUAUAAAAAAUGGGUUAGAUAUUAUUGAAGCUAUGGUUGAUUCACCUCUGUUCACUAUUAUUGUGUAACUAAAUAAAAUGUAUGUGUGAGUUUAAGAAGUAAACGCGUUAUUUAUUUGUAUUGUAUCGCCUGCCACGUAUAUUGCAGUAUUUAUACAUAAGUAUGUUGAUUGUCGUUUAUAUUGCUGGGCUGAAGAGAAAUAACUCUUGUAAUUUUUUUUUAUAAAGACGUCAGGACGUUGACCUACUUAAAUCUGUCAAAUUUCUUCAAUAGAUUUUCAAUCCUAUCACAAUAGUGGAAGGUUAAUGUUCUAUUGGUAAAAUAUGACAAGAUUUGGGUAGGUUGACCUGCUAGCGUUUUCUAGAAUAUGCUGAUGUAUUAGCUAACAUCGCAUGAAGGUGUUUACUGUAAAAAAUUAACACUGAAACUGAGCUGUUUUUAUGACGGAUUCAAGACUAUUUUAAGCUCUAUAGCGUGAAGAUAAAGUUCAAUUCAGGUCAGUGUAACAAUAUAAACGAUUAUAUCAAUCUCGAAGCGCCCACAGAUUAGUAUAUAAAAAUAUUAUUUACUAAAUACAAUGUGACUUACUGCUUUGUACUGACAUAUUCUAGGUAAUACGGCUAGAUCUAAGAUGGCGUAUUUAUAAAUUAAAUAUAAAUAACAAAUCUGGUUUUGUUGUCUGUGUGUCAUGGUCAUGAUUUUGGGGAGUGCUUUAAACUACUUAAUGAAUUAUUUGUCAUUUUUGCCAGAAUGAAAUUAUAUAAAAAACACAUUGUGUUUUGGGAAUUAUUUAAGGAGAAAAGAAAGGAAAACAACAUAAUCUGCGUAUCUUUACGUUAAUUAAUUCAUAUAAAUACAUAACUGAGUCUGUAUAUAAAUAAUAUAAUAUUCCAUAUAUAUCAACGAAGAGGCCCUUUUCCCUGAAACAUGAAACACAAACAUGAAAACCGAACAAAAAAUUGUAAAAAAAGUAUACGCGAAUUAACUUGUACCUAUUAGAUAAAUGUAAACUAUGGAUUAGUUUAAUACACUCGUAAUUAUGGUCAUGUAAAGUUAAAUGUUAUAUUUGGUAAGCUUUAGCAUUCUUACAGCCAGUUUCUUCAUCAAAAGUAAAAGUAAUGUCUAAAGUAAAAGUAACGGUCAAAUUCGUUUUUUCAAGGCUAAAGUAACAGCAAAACUAAUAGAAAAAACGAAUUUGACAGUUACUUUUACUUGGAUUUUACUUUGGCUUUUACUUUUGAUGAAGAAACUGGCUGUUAGUAAAAUAAAUUUUAGUGGGAAAACUUUUUUACGUCGUUGUUUCGGGAAGAGUCAGGUGAUUAGACUAGCUUUUGCCUGUGUCUUCACUUGCAUUGAUUUUGGCCCUAGCAUGUAGCUCUUACUCAACUGCUACUGAAAUUUGUUGAAUUCUAGUAAUUAUUAUCUUUUGUAGAAAAUUAAUUAGUAGAUUUAUGAAAAGUAUGGUUUUGAAAUUCGAUAUCCUUUCUGUAUAAAAACUGGUAACUCUACUCUUGACAAACAGUCACAAAUUAGAAACAGACGGAAAAACGUCCGAGCAUAUAUUAAUUUUAUUGCGUGGUACAUAAAGUACAGUUUUGAUCGUUCAUAAAGAGCCUUAACAGCUUAUUUUGAAUUGGUCAAAACUAUGCUUUAUGCCCUUCACAUUUAAGCAUACAUUAAAUUGAUAUAGAAGAUAGAAGUGAGCAAUUUGCUUGGCCGUUAUUUAUACAUCUAUCAAGUUGCUAUUGUUGCACACCAUAACUCUAAUUUUCAAAAACAAACGUCCUAAGACCGAAAUAUCUAAUACAUGCCAAAUUGGUCAUAUUGUACCUCUCCCCACCAUCUCUAAAAUCUUAAAGUAGACCCAGAAGAAGAAAGUCUAUUGAAAAAGUUAAGAGCCCACCAAAUGGGAAACACGAAAAAUGUAUUUCUUUUCUCUCAUCUAUUUCUAUGAUUCGGUGGUAAAAUUGAUAAUUUCUGAAGUGACCUACAGCCUACAGCCAAUAUUUGGGUUUUCUAAGGCCAAAGUAUUAAUAAUUGUACUCAUUUGCAAUACGUGUAUCUUGUGGAUAACGUUUUAUUUUGCUUUGUAACGUGGUCUGCUCCCAUUAACAUGUGGUCUAAAAAAUUAUGUUGAUUUAAAACUAUAUUAUGUACUUCAACCAGGCCUCCGUCACUCCAUGUACUUGCGCGCUAUAAGUGCCUACCGCCCAGCCGAGCGGUCUCGGUCCGCCGGCGGAUCAAAUUCAGUUGCGGUUUUCACAAGCGAAGCGCGCGCACGCCGUUCAAUUUUUAACCGACUUCUAAUAGUGCUGUUCGUUCGUACGCGCAUUACGAUGCCGUGUGGUGCCUUAUGUGCUGUAACUUUAAAGAUUUUUUUAUUUUACCUACACACUGAUGUAUAUAAUUAUGUUUUAUCUAGGUUUCUUCUACAGUCAGCACCAAUAGGUAUAUAAAACAAAACAAACUUACAAAAAUAAUAAAACAAACUUUAAAAAAAGAGAACCGACUUCAAAACACUAAACCGUAAGAAAUAAUUUAUUUUUUGAUGUCGGUGCUUUUUCGAUUCGUAAUUACCAGCUGUUAGCACCAACAUAAUUACCAGCUGUUAGCACCAACAUAAAAAAAAAAACAAAUUAUUUCUUACGGCUUUGUGCCUUGUUUGAAGUCGGUUCUCUUUUUUUAAGGCUUUUUUUUUUCAUUUCUAGUGAACAUCUCCGAAGAUCAUCAUCAAACUAAGAAGUAUUAUACUUAUUUUAAAACGUUCUCCUAAAUGUAACAAAUCCUUUUCUCAAAAUCGCAUCGAUAUCGAUUUAGCCAAACGCGAGAAUAUCGCGCACAAACAUACAUACCUACAAACCAUACAAGUCAAACUUCUCAGUUUGGCCUGUACCUAUGUCUAAUCACCUCCUUUUUUUUUAAGUUGGUUAAAUAUUUUAUAAAUGAUAAAAUUUUUAACUGCCACAUAAAAGUCAGAACAUAUUCACAGUUCUCAAUAACAUAGAUAAAAAGUUAUGUUAAUUUAAUUUUACCGAAGAGGCAGCCCUGCGAUUACUGUGGAAUCGCGCGGUGCGAAGCAAUCACUGCUGUACGCUUGAGCAUUUAGGCGCAUUUUAGCAUACAGUGGUUGCUGACGCGAAGGAGUAGGCAAUUAUCGUAAUAGGUAUUGGAAGUUUUCUACUGAGUGAAGUAUCUGUAGUAAUCUGUGCUUCAACUAUUAAAGCUAUCUAUCCAUGAAAUAAGUUGACAUGAGUGUAGUUGUCGCCAAUCUUUUUGUCAUAAUAGAACACUGCGCGCUUUCCAGUAUGACGAGACAAAUAAAAUUAUUGGAACAAAAAUAAAUUAGCAAAAUAAAACAUUAUUCAACAUUGCAAUCUUGUGAGUUAGAUGAUUUAAUUAGUUAUUUAUUCCUUUUUUAGAUCAAUUUUUCGUUUUUAAGUAGUAAGUUUUUAGUUUAAUUCUAGAGUAGUUAACAUUCCUUAGUAAAAUACAUAAGUUUAUUUAA